GGCCCGAGCGCGCAGACCCCCGCCCACACCCCGGCGCCGCACGCGCACAGCCUCUCCGCGCGCGAGGAGGACGCUCGCCGGCCGUCGGCUCCGGGCGGGUGCAAAAAUAUACAAAGCUCCAUAAUCACUCUGAGACCACAUAGAGCAAACAUGAAUGAAAUUUCCCAGAAGGCUGAGAUUAAAGAAAUGCUUGGUUCUGAUGAUGAGGAAGAGACAUCUUCUAAAGUAGAAAAGGCCUAUGUCCCAAAGCUAACAGGAACUGUUAAAGGUAGAUUUGCUGAAAUGGAGAAACAAAGACAAGAAGAACAAAGAAAGAGGACAGAGGAGGAACGAAGACGCAGAACUGAGCAGGAUAUGUUAGAGAAGAGGAAGAUACAACGUGAAUUAGCAAAAAGGGCUGAGCAGAUUGAGGACAUAAACAAUACGGGAACUGAAUCAGCAUCAGAGGAAGGAGAUGAUUCACUGCUUGUAACAGUGGUACCUGUCAAAUCACACAAAACUUCUGGAAAGAUAAGAAAGAAUUUUGAAGAUCUAGAAAAAGAACGAGAAGAAAAAGAAAGGGUCAAGUAUGAAGAAGAUAAAAGAAUAAGAUAUGAAGAACAACGGCGAUCUCUCAAGGAAGCAAAAUGUCUUUCAUUGGUCAUGGAUGAUGAACUAGAAAGUGAGGCAAGAAAAGAAUCAAUUUCUCCUGGGAAAUUGAAACUAACGUUUGAAGAAUUGGAAAGACAAAGACAAGAAAACCGAAGGAGGCAAGCUGAAGAGGAAGCACGACAACGUUUAGAAGAAGAGAAGCGUGCUUUUGAAGAAGCAAGGCGGCAAAUGGUAAAUGAAGAGGAAAACCAUGAAACAGAAAAAAUUUUAAAAGAGUACCGCCCUGGUAAACUCAAACUCAGCUUUGAAGAAAUAGAAAGACAAAGGAGAGAAGAUGAAAAAAGGAAAGCAGAAGAAGAAGCCAGAAGGAGAAUAGAGGAAGAAAAGAAGGCAUUUGCUGAAGCAAGGAGAAGCAUGGUAGUAGAUGAUGACUACCCGGAGAUGUAUAAAACAAUUUCUCAAGAAUCUCUUACACCGGGAAAACUGGAAAUUAAUUUUGAAGAAUUAUUAAAACAAAAAAUGGAAGAAGAAAAACGACGAACAGAGGAGGAAAGGAAGCAUAAGUUAGAGAUGGAAAAACAGGAAUUUGAACAACUGAGACAAGAAAUGGGAGAGGAAGAGGAAGAACAUGAAACCUUUGAACUGAGUAGAGAAUAUGAAGAAUUAAUCAAAUUGAAAAGAAGUGGCUCUAUUCAAGCUAAAAAUUUAAAAAGCAAGUUUGAAAAAAUUGGACAACUGUCCGAAAAAGAAAUACAGAAAAAGAUAGAAGAAGAACGAGCAAAAAGGAGAGCAAUUGACCUCGAAAUUAAAGAGCGAGAAGCAGAAAACUUUCAUGAGGAAGAAGAUGUUGAUGUCAAGCCUGCAAAAAAAAGUGAGGCUCCAUUUACUCAUAAAGUGAAUAUGAAAGCUAGAUUUGAACAAAUGGCUAAGGCAAGAGAAGAAGAAGAACAAAGAAGAAUUGAAGAACAAAAGUUACUACGCAUGCAGUUUGAACAAAAGGAAAUUGAUGCAGCACUACAAAAGAAAAGAGAAGAGGAGGAAGAAGAAGAGGGUGGUAGCAUCAUGAAUGGUUCCACUAUUGAAGAUGAGGAGCAAACGAGAUCAGGAGCUCCAUGGUUCAAGAAGCCUCUAAAAAACACAUCAGUUGUAGACAGUGAGCCAGUCAGAUUUACUGUUAAAGUAACAGGAGAACCCAAACCAGAAAUUACAUGGUGGUUUGAAGGAGAAAUACUCCAAGAUGGAGAAGACUAUCAAUAUAUUGAAAGAGGAGAAACUUACUGCCUUUAUUUACCAGAAACUUUCCCAGAAGAUGAAGGAGAAUAUAUGUGUAAAGCAGUCAACAACAAAGGCUCUGCGGCUAGUACCUGUAUUCUUACAAUUGAAAGUAAGAAUUAAUCACUUUUAAUCUAGAACUUUUAUUGUAUUUAAAUUUUUUUCCUUAAAAAAAAAAAAUCACUUUUCUUCUUCUCUUUUUUAGCUGACGACUACUAGCUUCCCUUCCCUCUCCCUGGAACUUUCUCUUUCUCUCUCCCCCCCUCCGAAUUUCUUACUACAUCCAUGUUUUCUGUGGCGGGGCCAAAAAUGGAAACCAGAAGUGCCACUAUAUUGACUUUUUAUUCCUUUUCCUAACAGUCUUCAAAACACAAGCUCAUCUAAAGAAUAGCUUCUUCCUUUCCAAAUCAUCACCAGAUUCGUCGCCCUAUUAUGCAGAAGUUAAUGUGUAUUUAAUGGGGUAGAGUGGAAAAGUUACUCAAUUAUUCUAAGUUUCUAGCAAUUAUAUUUUAAAGAUCACAAAAUACAUUACUUUGCAUGAAAAAGUGACAUUUAUGAGCUAUUUACACCUAUAAUUAAGAAGACUUCAUGAAUUUGGAACCUAUCAAGUUUUUAAUAGUCAUCAUUUUUCUUGUUGUAGUUUUAAAGUCUUUCUGAAGCAGAUAGGGAAAAGGGGGAGCAUGGAGAGCAACAAAAAUUAAGACUUUUAAGGAGAAAAUUUAAUGGAAACCACUGCCUAUACAGAAUUCUGAGUGUUGAGACUAUUAUUAACAUGUACUAUUCAAAUGUGUGUUAUAUUCAAGCUUAUAAAGCAAAUUUAUGUUGUGACCUUGCCUGAACAAAUUAUAUUUUAGUAAGAAAACUUUGUACCAGUAAUUCAUGCAGAAGAAAACACUUUCAACAUAAUUGAAGAUUUCAAGGUCUAAGAGGGGGGAAAAAGGCAUAAUCUUCAGUUUUAAAAUGUGGUAUAAAAUAAGUUUGUUUGUAAAUAAUUACCAUGUUCUAUUACCAAGUUGUUUUAUAUUUUAGUUUUCUGGAAGACAGUUUUAUUUUACAAU